GGGAGGGAGCCGCCUGGGCAGCGCCGCCGAGGGCCGCCGCAGAUACCCUGCAUGCCAGGAUGGCAGCUUCCAACCUGGAGAACCAGUUGCACAGUGCCCAGAAGAACCUGCUGUUUCUGCAGCGCGAACACGCGAACACACUGAAAGGGCUGCACGCCGAGAUCCGCCGCCUGCAGCAGCACUGCACAGACUUAACCUAUGAGCUGACUGUAAAAAGUUCAGACUUGACAGGAAAUGGUAGCUCCAGAAGUGAUGAGCUUAAAAGAAAGUGUGAAGAACUGGAAGCUCAGCUGAAAGUCAAAGAGGCUGAAAAUAAUGAGUUAUUGAAAGAACUUGAACAGAAAAAUGCAAUGAUAAUGGUGCUGGAAAAUACUAUUAAAGAAAGAGAAAAGAAGUAUCUAGAAGAGCUAAAAAUGAAAAGCCAUAAGCUAAAUAUGCUGUCGAGUGAACUAGAGCAGCGAGCGAGCACCAUUGCGUAUUUGACGUCUCAGCUCCACGCUACCAAGAAGAAGCUGCUGAGCGCCGGCGGGGCUGCAGAGGGGACCCCUUCAGGCAGCCCCGUGCUGUCCAGCUACAAACCAGCCCCUCCCAAAGACAAACUGCCCGAGACGCCGCGCCGCAGGAUGAAGAAGAGCCUGUCGACCCCGCUCAACCCGGAGUUCGAAGAGGCCUACAGAAUAGGGGCGGAGAGCCGGAAGCUGCUCCUCAGGGAGCACGUGGAUGCCAUGCCCGAUCCCACGCCCUUUCUGCUGGCCCGGGAAACGGCCGAGGUGCAGCUCAUCAAGGAGAGGCCGCUGGUUAUUCCACCCAUCGCGUCGGACCGCACAGCGGGCGAGUCGUCCAGCCCGGCGCGCGAGAAGCCGCACAAGGCGCACGUGGGGGUGGCCCAUCGCAUCCACCACGCCGCGCCGCCCCCGCCGCCGCCCGAGGUGGAGACGCUCGCGGUGGAUCAGGUCAACGGCAGCAAAGUGGUGAGGAAGCACUCAGGGACGGACAGAACUGUUUGAGUAAAAUCACUGAUUGAAAUGCUCUGUUCUGUUGCUGUUUAUGCACUGUGAUCCUAUAGGAUGUAUAGCACCUGCGGUCAAGUUUCUUUUGAUGCCCUAUGCAUGCCAAACUUCUUCCAGGUCCAUCACUACUAGAUUAUUAUCCUCUAAUGCACCCCCCCAAUAUGACUGUGUUCAUAUGGCAAGGUACUUACCUCCUGAAUGCUGUGGCCAAAUUGGGGUACCUGACUGCUUGCUUCUGAGCACUGCUCCACUUACUGUAAGUUCACAUGUGGACAAAGGCACAGGCUGCAGUUUGCUUUAGUAACCAAUGUUAGCAAAAAAAGAAGCAUAACUAGAAACCUGCAGCAAUAGGUAUUGGCUGUUACCAUUUAAAAUAUCAGUGGUUCUUUUGUCUUCACUGGUAACGCACGUCGAACAUAAACACUUAACUUUCAUGACAAAGCCUUUCUCAUGGUAGCAUUGACAGUGAUGCAGAUGUACAGAGACUUUAGAGAGAGCGAGACCUAAGGAUUUGUUUUCCUCUCUCUCUUGCAAAAUGUUCACAGGUCCCCUGAGUCCCAGGAAGCAUUACUGGAGUAAUCCUGAAUACUUUGGGUUGUGGCUUUGUUUAAGAUUAAAAAAAAAAGGGAGGGGGGGAUGGGUUAUAAAGCACUCUUUUUAAUGGCUAAUGAGCCUUAUGGAAAGAAUAUGAACACUGGUGUGUUUUGCAAUGGAAUGGCUCCAUUUUGCAUUUUAGACUGAUUAGUAAAUUGCACUUGUGGCACCUUCCUCCUAGCUUGAGUGCCUUUCCCAGAGAACAUGUAACUGGCUGUCCAAUACAGAAAUGGUUCUUUGUGAGUUGACCUGCUGGGUUUUUGGGUUUGUUUGUUUUUAAUUUGUAGUAUAUUUUGGUGAAGCAAUUAUUUUUGUUUCCUGAUAAUCCAAGACUCAUUCUGGGCCUCAUCAGACAAUGCUGUCUCCUAACAGCUUAGACACUUGUAGCAUGCCUGAUAUGUGUCUCUCAAAUGUAUUUAUUUUUAAAUUCAACCAACUUAACCAAUUCAAACAGGAACAAAACUGGCAUCCUUAAUUUUUGUCCUUGUGUGUUAGGAAGGACCUGUCCUCCAUUUGCCCUAUUCCCGUCAGCCUUUUCACUAAACACCUGCCAGCCCCGCGGCCUGUUUGACCACCUGGCUCUGCUGUUACCCAGGGAGGCAAGACCUAGUUAUUGAGCGCUGCGAGGCUCACGUUUUAGAGAGGGAGCACCAUUUGUUUUGUGGAACCAAGGUCUGGAGCGCCCCUCACCUCCGCCCUGCUCCUCUGCAGCCUCAGGCUCACAUGUGGUGCCUGCUCUGGGGCCCACGGGCUGGAGAAGCGGGGAGCAGGGGUAACAGCACCCAGGGGCCCUCC